ACUGCCCUCUUUCUCCUUCCUACCCCAGACCUUCCCUUACCACCUCCUCCCCUCCUUGGGGAUGGCGAGGACACGGAGGGCACCCUGGGAGGUGCCUUCCCGCCUCCCCCUCCCCCGAUCGAGGAGCCUUUUCCCCCUGCACCUCUGGAGGAAGAGAUCUUCCCCUCCCCACCGCCUCCACUGGAGGAGGAGGGGGGCCCUGAAGCUCCCAUCCCGCUCCCACCACAGCCCAGGGAGAAGGUGAGCAGUAUUGAUCUGGAGAUAGACUCUUUGUCCUCACUGCUGGAUGACAUGACCAGGAAUGAUCCCUUCAAAGCCCGGGUAUCAUCUGGAUAUGUACCCCCACCCGUCUCCACUCCAUUCAUUUCCAAGACCAGUACUAAGCCUGCAGCUGCAGGCACAGCACCCCUGCCUCCUUGGAAGGCCCCUUCUAGCUCCCAGCCUGUGUCCCAGGCUCAGGCUCAGCCUCCGAGCCAGGCACAGUUCCAUGUGCAGCCCCAACCCCAGCCCCAGGCCAAGCCUCAGGUCCAGCUCCAUGUCCAGUCCCAGCCCCAGCCCCAGCCCCAGCCUGUGCCUUUGGCUAACAGUCAGCCUCGAGGUCCCCCAGCCCCACCUCCAGCCCCUAAGUUUUCUCCAGUGGCUCCCAAGUUUACUCCUGUGGCUCCCAAGUUCAGCCCUGGAGCCCCAGGUGGACCUGGGCCACAGCCCAAUCAAAAGUUAGGGCCCCCUCAAGCUCCCUCUUCCACUGGCACAGGCUCCCCUCAGCCCCCCAGCUUCACCUAUGCUCAGCAGCGGGAGAAGCCCCGCGUGCAGGAGAAGCAGCACCCAGUGCCCACACCGGCUCAAAAUCAAAACCAGGUGCGCUCCCCUGGGGCCCCAGGACCUCUUACUCUGAAGGAGGUGGAGGAGCUGGAGCAGCUGACCCAGCAGCUCAUGCAAGACAUGGAGCAUCCUCAGAGGCAGAACGUGGCCGUCAGUGAAUCCUGUGGCCGGUGUCACCAGCCCCUGGCACGUGCACAGCCCGCAGUUCGAGCUCUGGGACAGCUGUUCCACAUCACCUGCUUUACCUGUCACCAGUGUGAGCAGCAGCUGCAAGGACAGCAGUUCUACAGCGUGGAGGGGGCGCCAUAUUGUGAGGGCUGCUACACUGACACCCUGGAGAAGUGCAACACCUGUGGGCAGCCCAUCACUGACCGCAUGCUGAGGGCCACGGGCAAAGCCUACCACCCUCAGUGCUUCACCUGUGUGGUCUGCGCCUGCCCCCUGGAGGGCACCUCCUUCAUUGUGGACCAGGCCAACCGGCCCCACUGCGUCCCUGACUACCACAAGCAGUUCGCGCCCAGGUGCUCUGUCUGUGCAGAGCCCAUCAUGCCUGAGCCUGGCCGGGAGGAGACUGUGCGAGUGGUCGCUCUGGACAAGAACUUCCACAUGAAGUGCUACAAGUGUGAGGACUGUGGGAAGGCUCUAUCCAUUGAGGCGGACGACAAUGGCUGCUUCCCCCUGGAUGGCCAUGUGCUCUGCCGGAAGUGCCACACUGCCAGAACCCAGACCUGAGUGAGGACUGGCCCCUUCUUCACUGGGAGUUAAUUCCCCAUCAGCGGACCACCCACACUGAGACCACCCUGCUCCUCCACUGGCCCCGCCCCUGGGUUAUUUUUUGUCUAGCCUCUCCCUCCAUUCCAAACCCCACCCAGUAUCCCAAGGUCCCUGACCCAGGGCCCCAACAGAACCCAGGAUGCAGAGUCCUGGUUCUGGGUUUCUAGUCCCCUCUCCCAUCCUGCAGGGACCUCCCACCACCCUUCAGAUACCCCAUCUGAGGGUCGCCAGGUUGAGCGCUGCUGCUUUCACUGCUGCACACAUGCCUCA